UGAGUCACCCCACGUAACGGCGGUCGGUGAGCGAUGGAUGAGGGCUGGGUUAUUUUUCCUUAGGCUAUGGUCCCUCCAACUUGCUUUGUUGUUUAGCAUGGAGACAGGGCAUUCUCUCUGUUUUCUACUUAUGGACUGUUGCUUUCUCCCAGCUUGCUCGAUGUUUCGGUAAGAAUCUGUUUGGCUAUGGUUCAUCCUGGUGCUUGCAGUCAUUUCCACCUCUAGAUUCGUUUCCGCUUGACUGAUGGAUUGCGCAGUGACGGGCCAGUGGUCCGCUAUCGAUCAUAUCGUCGGUCGGAGGACAAGCAUCUCCAAGGCAGUAGCAAAAGUCGGUGUCUUGCAAUCUUGGACGAAAAAUCACAGCGAGGAUGGUCUUGUGGCAGUAAGCGUGUGAGCUUGGAAUGAACUUCGCAGGCCUAAGUACGGGAGAUUUAUGCUGGUCUGGGAUAUACGUCCACCACCGAAAUUGCUAGUCCGGGGAGGAAAUCGCGAGGCAGAAUCGCAUGAAUCGAGCGGAGUUGGACUUGAAUGUUUUUGGUAGGAACUGUGGAACUGCUGGGGUGAAGUCAUGGUUUGGCCCUGCGCGUGGAUAUAGUACGAUUGGCUCGAAUGGUCUGUGUUUUGGGUUGGGAUGAAGCUUGGCAGCUUGCUGGAAGAAGCUCGCAGGGGAGAUUAUUUGCGGGUUUAUCGGAGAAGCGUAGACAUCUUAGGGAUUGUUCAGAGGUAGUCUCGUUUUUGUCUAGUUGAGGACUGCCAUCAUACAUUGAGGUCGCAUUGAUGGCCCUCUUUUGGCCACACCUCAGUGGUGGUGGCGGAAGACGUACUGGGCAACAAACAUACUUGCCAUCCAAUUCUUUGAUACUGUCCGAUUCUUCGUUUUGGGGCUUUCCUCUUCCUGAGGUCAAAUUGCCUUGUCGUUCUGUAAGGUCUUCAAAGAGUACUCCCGGUGGACUGUUUGGAGCUCUGCAUUUCAAGUCAGUGGGACGAUUGAAAAAGUAUUUGUCUUUUAGAAACCUGUCUCGUCUUGGGGUUGGAGAGGACAUCGAGAGACAUGUAGCGUUUUACUGCUUAGGCGUUGCCGCCAAUAGAGUCUUCAUAGAGACUGCUCAGAAGCAGAUUACGAAUUCGACACUUCGAAGACCAGGAGUUUUGCAGAAUAUGGAGAGCACUGUAGGAGUGUUGUCACUACCUCAGCCUGUAUCCUUACGGCCCUCCGCGGGACCUGCCAGGGAUUUUCUGUUUGCAACCCUAGGGGCAGUCUUUGCCUUUUUAUUUGCUGGAUUGAUGAAUAGAAUUCGGAGUCUGGAUGACCAGCAAGUGAAGCAGGCUGCCCUGGAGAGAGGAGGAGCCAUGAUGCCUGAAGUCGGAGUGAAUCUCGGUCAAAAGGAGUCCGUCGAGUGGGUGAAUAUGCUAAUUCAUAAAAUCUGGAAGGUUUAUCGACGUAGUCUCGAGAGCUGGCUGGUCAAAUUGUUGCAGCCUGCCAUAGACAAGCUUGGAAAACCGGAUUAUGUGAAGAGAGUGGAGAUUGCGGAGCUGAAUCUGGAUUAUGAGCCAAUCUCUGUCAGGAAGGUGAGGCGUAGAGCGUCCAGGCGAGCAAACGAUCUGCAGUAUCAGUUUGGACUGCGCUACACAGGUGGAGCCAGGUGUUUGCUGAAUCUAAAAUUGGGGAAGGCAGGUGUGGUCACCACCGUUCCUGUUGGGGUGUAUAACCUAGAUGUUGACGCUGAGCUGUGGGUAAAGCUGCGCCUGGCUCCAGUCAAGCCUUUUGUCGGAACCCUCUCCAUUGCCUUCGUGCGUCUGCCAACUAUCAAACUCGUGCUCGCACCUUUUAAAAUAGUCAAUUUGUUUGCCAUUCCCUUCCUUUCCAGCUUUUUGUCGAAGCUGUUGACUGUAGAUCUUCCCCGCUUACUUGUAUUGCCUCGUCAUAUUACCUUCGACUUCCUGCCCCAGGGCCAAGACCCUUUAGCGACCACAUUGAUGGACUUGUUGAAAAGCGAUACUGUUGCUGAUGCAUCUCGUCAGUCUGAGCCCACUGAAGCUUUUGUUGGCGAGCUUUCGGUGACAGUUUGUGAGGCUCGGGAUCUUCCUAUCAGAGGCUUGACGGGAUGGAGCAACCCUUACUGUACUUUAGCUUUGGGGGACCAAGUGGUGGAAAGCAAACGUAACAAGGAAACCUCACAUCCAUCUGGGUUCAAAGAUCCCGUUUGGAAUCAGGACUUUCAGUUUCUAGUGGAGGACCUAAGGCAACAGAAGUUGAUGGUACGAGUCCGAGACAGCUCCUUGACGCUGAACCCCAACAUUGGCUACUGUCGAGUUUCUCUGGCAGACCUUCAGGAUUGCGUUCCUCGUACACGUUGGGUUUCUUUGACUAGGGAGGGCGCGUUUGGCCCGAAAAAGGUUUCUGGAAAGGUGAGGCUUAUUUUCACCUACAAGUCGUUUGUGGAGGAGAACAAUAGUGAUCCUGCAUCACCUUACAUCAAGGUGUUCAAUAGUGACUCAAUGGAUGAAUUAGAGCAAGCCGGCAUCAGGGUGAGCUCGGGUCUCAAUGUUGAUGUUCUCACCAAAACCUUACCCACAGUCAACUGGAGAAGCACUGAUGGUGAUUCAGAUUCAGACGGGGAUGUAGAGUUUUCACCUGCCAAGGUCGUGGUGAGCAAUCAGCCUGUCAAAGGAGAGCCAGGCACGGUCCCGGAAGCGAAGGAACCCAAGACAGGAAUAUUUUGGCUUGUGCUUGUGACAACAAUAGCUUAUGUUGUCGGCUGCAGUUUGCACAUACAAAAUCCCUUACAGCCGUAAGAUACUCAAUUUUGCAUUUCAAUUAUAGCCUGUGCAGGUUUAAUGUCAAGGACUGUAAAAAGCACCACUGAAAAUGAUGAGCCUCUUCUGAAACACGCCCGCAGGUUGAGAUUCGAUUCCUACUCUUACAAUGCCUGUGCUCAGAAAGUGAGAACAACUAGUAGUGCAGUGAGUGUCUGUGGUGAAAGAGUCAGUGGGUGUUAAUAUCGAGCUUCCAGGAACGUUCUGUCAAAGAGGGCUCUUCGCAGUUAACUGAAGUCGGCGCUAGUGGGGCCCUUUGCAAGCCUCGUUGGUGUCCAACUCAGGACGCCAGUAUGGUGUGGAGCAGAUUAUGCGUGAAGGAAGCAGAUGUAGAAGCGAUGGAUCAGGAACCAGGGAAGUGGGAUGUCAAUAGAAGAUUGUGUUGCUACUCGAAGCUGGGUUGAAGCGGGCAGAUGCCCAUCGCCAAGGAAAAUAUCCACACAAGGAGGGUUUUCUGCAUCUUCAGUUGUCGGUGGCACGGAAUUUUGAAUUUCUUUUUAAACCCUUCGAAUCUACUCGUUCGCAGCAACGAAUGUGUCUUCUGUAAAGUAGAGAAAUAUUAAGAAGUGUAGGCAACCUUUUUGUAGCAGUACGUUUGAAGAUUCUGUCCACUUUUGGAGGCUAAACCAUCUAGGGACCGGAUGAGAAAAAACUCUUAAGAGGUUCUCUGUAUACUUGAGUACUUUGUAAAUAAAGACCUGAUGGUCUCGGUCCUCAAACGGUCACAUAUCUU